UAUUCUAUCGCUCUCUCAAUUCUUCAAAUCUUUUCAUCACAUUGCUUCCAGAGAAAGAAAAUAAAAAAAUGUCGACGAAGAUGAUCGUGUUGAAGAGCUCCGAUAAUGUAGAGUUUCAGAUCGAAGAAGAUGUCGCAAGACAAUGCCUGACCAUAGCUCAUUGGAUUGACGACGAGAACACCAACAAUGGUGUCCCGCUUACAAACGUGAAAGGCAAGAUUCUUGCGUUGGUGACGGAGUACUGCAUCAAGCACCACGUCGAUCGUGAGAAACCCGAAGAUCUCAAGACGUGGGACGACAAGUGGUUCAUGAAUUUGCAAACCGAUCCAUCCACCCUCUUGGCACUCAUUCUUGCUGCGAAUUACCUAGACAACAAAACCCUUCUUGACCGAGCCUGCCAAGCUAUGGCGGAUAUGAUCACAGAAAAAACUGUGGAACAGAUUUUCACAGACUUCAACAUUGAGAAGGGAUACACAGAUGAGGAAGAAAGAGAGGUUCUUGAGAAAAUAAAUGGGCUCUUGAUUGAGAAGCGGAUUAUCAAGAAAAAACUAUAAGCAGCUUUCUAUCUUGUUAUAUUAUUAAGUGUGUGCGUUUAUUUAAUUUCAGUUUCUUGAUUAUCAAUGUGGAUGAUGAUGACUUCAUCUACGUUCUAUAAUAAUCCAAUAAUGAAACCUACGUAAUCAUAUAUUUCGCUUAUUGUGAUACUAAAAUGAUAC